CCCCGUCCCGGCGGUGGCGGGCCAGGAGGAGGCAGCGGCGGCGGGGAGGGCCCCGCCAGCGGCGCGUUAGUUGCCGGGUAACGGCGGAGCGAGCCGGGGCUCCUUGCACAAUGGCAGAAGCUACGGUCUCUCCGCUGAAGCACUUUGUGCUAGCUAAAAAGACAAUCACUGCCAUCUUCGACCAGCUGCUGGACUAUGUCACUGAGGGAGCAGCUUUUGUGGAAGCAACAUACAGGAACCCAGAGCUUGACCAUGUAGCAACAGAAGAUGAACUGGCAAAAAUACAGGCCUAUAAACAUAAGCUGGCAGUCAUUGGUGAGGUGCUUUCACGGAGACACAUGAAAGUGGCAUUUUUUGGCAGAACAAGCAGUGGGAAAAGUUCGGUCAUUAAUGCGAUGCUGUGGGACAAGGUACUUCCUAGUGGGAUUGGCCACACCACAAACUGCUUUCUUAGUGUGGAAGGGACAGAUGGAGAUAAGGCUUAUCUUAUGACAGAGGGAUCAGAUGAAAAGAAGAGUGUCAAGACAGUCAAUCAGCUUGCUCAUGCCCUUCACAUGGAUAAAGAUUUGAAAGCUGGCUGCCUUGUCCAUGUCUUUUGGCCCAAGUCAAAGUGUGCCCUGCUGAGAGAUGAUUUGGUUUUAGUGGACAGCCCUGGCACAGAUGUCACUACAGAACUGGACAGCUGGAUCGACAAGUUCUGCUUGGAUGCCGACGUGUUUGUCCUGGUUGCCAAUUCUGAAUCGACUCUCAUGAACACGGAAAAACACUUCUUCCAUAAAGUGAACGAACGACUCUCCAAGCCAAACAUCUUCAUCUUGAAUAAUAGAUGGGAUGCCUCAGCAUCAGAACCAGAAUACAUGGAAGAUGUGCGCAGGCAGCACAUGGAGCGCUGCUUGACUUUUCUAGUUGAUGAGCUCAAGGUUAUUGAUCCUGUAGAAGCAAGGAAUCGCAUCUUUUUUGUUUCAGCAAAAGAAGUUCUGAGUGCCAGGAGGCAGAAGGCCCAAGGAAUGCCAGAGGGUGGUGGAGCACUUGCUGAAGGAUUUCAAACAAGAUUGCAGGAAUUCCAACAUUUUGAGCAGAUAUUUGAGGAGUGUAUCUCGCAGUCAGCCGUGAAAACCAAGUUUGAGCAGCACACUAUCAGAGCUAAACAGAUAAUAGACACUGUGAAAGACAUUAUGGACGCCAUAAACGUGGCAGCAGCAGAGAAAAGAGUCCAUUCAAUGGAGGAGCGAGAAGAUCAGAAGGACAGGCUGGACUUCGUUCGAAAUCAGCUGAACAUUUUGACAGAGGAUACUAAGGAGAAGAUCAAACGUGUCACUGAGGAGGUAGAAAACAAGGUCUCCUCCGCCAUGACCGAUGAGAUUUGCCGACUUUCGGUUUUAGUUGAUGAAUUUUACUCUGAUUUUCACCCCUCUCCACAAGUCCUGAAGCUCUACAAGGCAGAGCUGAACAAACAUAUAGAAGAUGGUUUGGGAAGGAACCUGGCCGACCGCUGCUCCAGUGAAGUCAAUCAGUCCAUGCAUCAGUCACAGCAGGAGAUGAUUGAAAACCUGAAACCUUUGUUGCCUUCUGGUGCUCAGAAUCAGCUCCACUUGCUAAUUCCCUGCAGGAAGUUUGACCUUAGCUAUGAUCUGAACUGUCACAGUCUGUGUGCAGAUUUUCAAGAGGAUAUCAUGUUCCAUUUUUCCUUGGGGUGGACUUCACUUGUAAACCGUUUCUUGGGUCCUAAGCAAGCUCAGAAAGUACUGUUGGGACUGGCAGACCCAAACAUACAAAUCCCUGGUCCUUUAGCUACCACCCCAUCUGCUGCCAGCCUGCCUGCCAUAACUCCAGAGAGUGUCCCACACGAUGAUUUUGUGGUUCCUUUGGUCAUGAGUUUAGCUUCACUGACGUCCCGGACCUCCAUGAGCAUCAUCGUGGUUGGCGGAGUGAUUUGGAGAACAGUAGGCUGGAAACUCAUCUCUGUGUCCUUAAGCAUGUAUGGGCUGUUGUAUCUGUACGAGAGACUCACCUGGACCACUAGAGCAAAAGAGAAAGCCUUUAAACAGCAGUUUGUCAACUAUGCUACUGAAAAACUGCAGAUGAUUGUCAGCCUUACAAGUGCUAAUUGCAGCCAUCAGGUGCAGCAGGAAAUGGCCACUACCUUUGCUCGGCUCUGCCAGCAGGUGGAUAUUACCCAGAAGAACCUGGAGACAGAAAUUGCCAGGCUUUCCAAAGAGAUAGAUCAGCUGGAGAACAUACAGAGCAGCUCCAAGCAGCUACGCAAUAAAGCUGUUCACCUGGAGAACGAGCUGGAUCGCUUCACAAAGCAUUUUCUUCAAAAGAGUAAAUAGAGCCUGCUGGCCACCUUCCCUGGGGAUCCUUUCUAGGACAAAGUAGAACAUUUUACAGAUGAUGCUUCUCCUCUGUGGAGUCACAUGAAAUGAUUUCUAUUUCACCUGUUACUUUGAUUUACCCUUGUUAAUGAUUGUCAAACUUGGAUUCUGGUGGUGAGCCCUCCUGAAGAGCUGUGGUACCCUGAGUGUUACGUUUCUUUUGCAGAUUUUGGGUUAAAAAUUACCUUUAAACACUAAAUUUCUUUGGGCACUUGACAAUAAAACCCCAAAUCCUUAUUGGUUUUCCUUAGUAUUUAGCAGUGGUGAGUCUCACUUCCUGGCAUCCAGGAGUUUACGCAGGGAGGAUGCUGCUUUUCCAUGUGUCUUUGUUUAAUGAACUCUAGCAUGGGGAAAGGGCUCCUGACCUGUUCUGAAAGCAAGUGGAAUUGUGCUGAGCAGCAGUUCCUCAUCUAGAAAUGGAAGUGAAAGAUGGCAAGAGACUGCAGAGCAUUCACUGAUGAAGGGCAGUAGGCUCUGGUUUCCCCUCUUGCUACCACCCUGGGACAAGAUGGCACCGAUGAAGUAAAAAUAAACCUAUUUCAACAAGCUUUUCAGAUUGCUUGCAGUUGUUCUAGUGGUGAAAUGGUCAUUUGCCCAUGAGAGCAGGUGAGCUGCAGGUGUCACUGCCACCAUGCUAGUGUCCAGGCAGAAGGGUGUGUGCUGAGCAGAUGGCCUUGCCUGAAGCUUUGCAGGUUGGGCAGGGAAGCUUUAGGUGUCAGGCUUGACCUUGAGUUACUACUGCUAGCUUCACAGAGCAGAGAGGCUGGGUUUGACACUUCUUACUCCUGCAAUAUCCUGAGCAGUCCCUUGGUUCUGCUGUAGACCAGCUGCCUUCUAGGUGAGAGCUAAGGCAAGGGUGCUGGAGUUUUACCUCUGCUCACCUCCAGCAAUGCAAAGCCUCUUUUUAAGCAGACCCUUUUUGCUGUUGCCAUCUGCAGUCAUUCACCACCUGCUUUUUCUAACGAGACUUUUUCAAAGUAACUUAUUUUAAAAGAGAGUCUUUUCAGAGUAUUUAUAUAUUUUUAUGGAAGCAGUAACCCAACUAAAUGAAAUACUCAACUUUAGGCUGUGGGGACUGGCUGUUUUCUGUAAACAAGGGCUAUCCUCAAAGGAAAGAGAUGAAAAAUGUAAUGCCAGAGGCAGGUGAUUCUUUGAAGAGUAGGAAGGCUGUUUUCACCACACUGUAUUUUGGUCUUUGUUCCUGACCAUGCCAGCACAAAGCAUGGCUCUCCUGGACCUUUCUGUAGCAAUGUGCAUGUGGAAUCUCAAGGGAUGGGAGGCAAACUGUGAAACACAAAACCGAGUGACAGCCCAGGCUUCGUGUAUGUGAAGUUCCAGAUGUGUAUGAAUGCUCCCCUGCUGGAGCAUUUCAUGGAUGUUGCAUAAAGAUAAAACUUUACCUGCAUGUGUCCUACAGUUAUUUAUUAAAAAACAAU